UAACAUUGAGAAAUGUUAAACGACUCAAUAUAAUUUAUUUGUAAAAAGAAAAAAGUCCGUUUUUCAGUUGUGACGAAAUCGAUCAUGGAUAUAAAGAUUAAAUGCAUCAUUAAAAUCCUAACAUUUGACGUUAUAAAAUCAUGGGAUUUAAAAAUCAAGUUUAAAUUUGAGCAAAUAUAGAAGUGAGAGUAUACUGGUCUUAAUUACACUUCCACAAGAAAAAAUGAGAAAACAAUUGGUUCCGAUAUUCAUGACUUGGGUACACUGUUGUAUCUCAAUAAAUUUGACGAAAGAUGCUGGUAUAGAUCGACAAGAAGUAGUAUCUAUUGAAUAUAUAGACGACGAAAGUGUAAAUAGACGAGAGAGGAGAGAUACAGAUAUUUUCAAGUCCAAGUUAAAAUUCAGUUUACGUUUAAAAGAUCAAAAGUUUCAACUAAACUUGAGAAAACAAAACGUGAAAGCUACAGUACCAUUAUACAUGUACGAGAAUGGUUUUAUCGUCAAGCAUGAAGCAAGACCUAAAAAAGAAGUAGUAUUUUAUACAGAUGUAAACCAUUUAGCUUCUAUCAGUGUACAAUGUAAAGAAACUGGAUUUGAAGACCGAUGUCAAUAUCUGUUGAAAGGACGAAUAUUUUUAAACGGAGAGCACCAUGUGAUUAGACCAAGAUCUGUAAAAAAUUUAUCAAAUGCAGAAAACCACCACCUUAUACCUCAGCAGGAUCAAGUUAUUGAUUUUGGAAAUGAUGGUCGUGUAAUUCCAGAAGAGGUUAUAUUGCAAAAUAAAAAGACUUCAAGGACGGUUGUAAGCGGUAACCCUAUUGCGACAACACAUUACAAAGUAGAACUACUACCUUGUACAGAUUUUGGAAUUUAUGAAUACUGGUAUAAUCAAAGUGCUGGGAAUAAUGAAACUGAAACUGAAAGGAACACAACUACAAUUGAUUCCAUCAUGGAGUACUACGCUUAUGUUAUAAAUGAUAUGAACGUUCAUUAUGAGAGUAUUCAGGGUGUACCAUGGGACAUAGAAAUUGUGUAUGCUGGUAUUUUUAUUGCUACUUCUCCAACAGAAUCUACUUGGACAGAAAGCAUAAAAUUUCUAAGUUCUGGGGAAUACAUAGUUGACGGUGAUGUUGGUUUGAACAACUUUAAACAAUGGUUAGAAACAAAUGCAGCACAGUUGCCCGAUUACGACCACGCAAUGUUAUUUACACGGUAUGAUUUGUUUAGAAAUACAUCAUCUGGACCAUCUUUAAGCCUUCUAGGUUUAGCAUGGGUCAAAGCAAUUUGCUUUAAAGUACGAUACAAUGCUUACUAUGAGAAUUCCAUUGUUGAAGAUAAAGGCAAAGCAAUUGUAGGUCUUGUAGCAGCACAUGAACUUGGUCAUAAUUUAGGAGCUUCCCAUGAUAUUUCGAGUAAGAAUAACUGCUCUGCCGAUGACAGAUACGUUAUGGCACCGAGUGCUUUUGCAAGAAGAGACGAGAAAGCAACAAAUCACUAUAUUUUUUCAAACUGCUCCAUUGACUACUUUAAAGAGUAUAUAGAUGAACUCAACCAGAAUAAUUUCAACUGCAUGGCAUCAUUGUCAGCAAACCAUGAUCCUUCAGCACUUGACAAGUACAAUAAUACGUUACAAGGACAGAUAUAUAAUCACGACGAACAAUGUAUGCAAAAUAGAAAUCAUAAAGAUUCAUAUCUUUGUAGGAACCAGCACUAUCAAGAUCCUACAACAGUUUGUAAAUACAUGUAUUGUAAAGUACCAGACACAAACUUUUGUAGCAUACAUAUACCUUGGGAGGGAACUUUAUGUGGUGACGGAAAGUGGUGUAUUGCUGGCAAAUGUUGUGAAGAUGUCCGAGCACAAUCAGCGAACUCUUCCUGUGUACUAGGAGAUGCUCCAUUUUGUGCUGGCGAAAUCAUUCCUAAUCCACAUUUCUGUUAUGAUCAGUAUUAUAAUCCAAUAUACUGCUGUGGAAUAUGUCAGAAGUAUUAUACAGGAAUUACAGGAUGUGAAUAUGGCGAUCGUAUUAGUGAUUGUGUAAAAACUGAUUGCCCUAAUUAUGAUACAAAUACAAGAGAAAUCUCCUGCUGUAAAACGUGUGCUCAAGACGAGUCUACAACAGAAGAUGUGAAAACAACUGGGAUGACGACCAAAGAAAGCACAACGAUGGAGACUACACCUCAAGUUAUGACAACAGUAGACACUACAACACCGGAAGUCACUACGACAGUUAUAACAACAGUAGAAACUACAAUACCGGAAGUUACUACGACAGAGGCAACAACUUCAGAUAUGACAACGACUGAAAUGACAACACUGGAAAGCACUUCAACUGAGGCUUCUACGUCAGUUAUGACAACAAUGGAGACUUCAACACCGGAACGUACUACGACAAUUGUAACAACAACAGAGGCUACAACACCGGAAGACACUACGACAGAGGCUACAACAACAAUUAUGACCACGACUGAAAUGACAACACUGGAUAGCACAACAACCGAGGCUUCUAUGUCAGUAAAGACAACAAUGGAGACUACAACACCAGAAGGUACUACGACAGAGGCUACAACAACAGUUAUGACCACGACUGAAAUGACAACACUGGAUAGCACAACAACCGAGGCUACUACUCCAGUUAUAACAACAACAGUUAUGACAACAACUGAAAUGACAACACUGGAAGACACUACAACCGAGGCUUCAACACCAGUUAUUACAACGACAGAAGCUACUACUCCCGUUAUAAAAACAACAGUUAUGACAACAACUGAAAUGACAACACUGGAAGACACUACAACCGAGGCUUCAACACCAGUUAUUACAACGACAGAAGCUACUACUCCAGUUAUAAUAACAACAGUUAUGACAACGACUGAGAUGACAAAACUUGAAUCCACUUCAACCGAGGCUACAACUGCAGUUAUUACAACAACUGAAGCUACAACUCCAAUUAUAACAAUAAUAGAAGAGACAACUCCAAUUAUAACACCAACAGAUGGUACAACAGCAGAAAGCACUACUACAGAGAGCACUAUUACUACUGAUGAUCCUAUCAUUACAAUCAUCAUUGUAGUCUCUGUUGUCGGAGGAGCCGGUUUGGUAGCAGUAGCAAUGUUUAUUUACUGUUACGCCACAAAAUGCAUAACGAGGGUUGGUCCAAUGCCUGCAUGAUAACCAUCUUUAUCUGGUAUCACAAGAUUUUCAAAUGCAUAGAAGUCAUGAAAAUGGAACUUGAACUAAACUUACAGAAAUUCGUUACAAAUAUAUCCUGUUUUUAUAUUACUGUCUCAGUUACGUAUGGUUUUCAUCUGUUUUUAUAUAUUCAUUUAUUUAUUGUUUAAUUUGUUUUACUCAUUUAUAUGUCAACUCUACUGUCAAAAUGGCCGCAGUGAUAUAUUGCUCUACCUUGGCUUCCGUCGUAAGUAAUUUUACACAUUUUCGUCAGCUUCUUUGAAACUACUAGACCAAUUUGAAUCAAAGUUCUAGAGCAAAAGGGUGAUAACUAUGUUUGGAUCGAAAAAAAAACAACAUAAUGUUCAGAUAUAAUCCAAUGAUAGAUAACACUUUACCUCAUACAAAAUUACAAACAUGUCCUUACACACAAUGUUACAUUUAUUGGCCUAUUUAAUGCUUCACAGUAAACAGAAUCGGUUAAAAGCUCCAUACAGCUAAUGCUUACUCUGUUAAUUUGUACAUAUCAUGUCCGACUCUAAAUAAAAUUUACUUACCUUUUAUCUAAUUAGGCUUCAUAACAGUUGUGAAACUACCUACAACAAAUAUUGUCUGAAAAUCCCUACACAUUGCUGAGUAAUAUAUAACUAAGGCAGAUUGACUAAGUGUGUGACCAUUGUUAACAUUGGACAGAGAUGUAUGUGAGCGAUAAAGGCAAUUUAAGGAGCACCUGAGAUCACCCCCAGUUUUUGGUGGGGUUCGUGUUGCUUAGUCUUUAGUUUUCUAUGUUGUGUCAUCUGUACUAUUAUUUGUCUGUUUGUCUUUUUAUUUUUGGCCAUGACGUUGUCAGUUGGUUUUCGAUCUAUGAGUUUGACUGUCCCUCUGGUAUCUUUCGUCCCUCUUUUAGAGCACCAGACCUUAUUUAUUCAUGAAUCAUUUAGUCCUUCUCUAUUCAUGUAUCAUUUGAUGCAGGCUGUUUAGAGCACAAGUCCUUCUCUAUUCAUGUAUCAUUUGAUGCAGGCUGUUUAGAGCACCAGUCUUGAGCUAUUCAUGUAUCAUUUGAUACAGGCUGUUUAGAGCACCAGUCCUUAUCUAUUCAUGUAUCAUUUGAUACAGGCUGUUUAGAGCACCAGUCCUUAUUUAUUCGUGUAUCAUUUGAUACAGACUGUUUAGAGCACCAGUCCUUAUUUAUUCAUGUAUCAAUUGAUACAGGCUGUUUAGAGCACCAGUCCUUAUCUAUUCAUGUAUCAUUUGAUACAGGCUGUUUAGAGCACCAGUCCUUAUUCAUGUAUCAUUUGAUACAGGCUGUUUAGAGCACCAGUCCUUAUUCAUUCAUGCAUCAUUUGAUACAGGCUGUUUAGAGCACCAGUCCUUAUUUAUUCGUGUAUCAUUUGAUACAGGCUGUUUAGAGCACCAGUCCUUAUCUAUUCAUGUAUCAUUUGAUACAGACUGUUUAGAGCACCAGUCCUUAUUUAUUCAUGUAUCAACUGAUACAGGCUGUUUAGCUGUUUAGAGCACCAGUUCUUAUCUAUUCAUGCAUCAUUUGAUACAGACUGUUUAGAGCACCAGUCCUUAUUUAUUCAUGUAUCAAUUGAUACAGGCUGUUUAGCUGUUUAGAGCACCAGUCCUUAUCUAUUCAUGCAUCAUUUGAUACAGACUGUUUAGAGCACCAGUCCUUAUUUAUUCAUGUAUCAAUUGAUACAGGCUGUUUAGCUGUUUAGAGCACCAGUCCUUAUCUAUUCAUGUAUCAUUUGAUACAGACUGUUUAGAGCACCAGUCCUUAUUUAUUCAUGUAUCAAUUGAUACAGGCUGUUUAGCUGUUUAGAGCACCAGUUCUUAUCUAUUCAUGCAUCAUUUGAUACAGACUGUUUAGAGCACCAGUCCUUAUUUAUUCAUUUAUCAAUUGAUACAGGCUGUUUAGCUGUUUAGAGCACCAGUCCUUAUCUAUUCAUGUAUCAUUUGAUACAGACUGUUUAGAGCACCAGUCCUUAUUUAUUCAUUUAUCAAUUGAUACAGGCUGUUUAGCUGUUUAGAGCACCAGUCCUCAUCUAUUCAUGUAUCAUUUGAUACAGACUGUUUCGAGCACCAGUCCUUAUUUAUUCAUGUAUCAAUUGAUACAGGCUGUUUAGCUGUUUAGAGCACCAGUUCUUAUCUAUCCAUGCAUCAUUUGAUACAGACUGAUUAGAGCACCAGUCCUUAUUUAUUCGUGUAUCAAUUGAUACAGGCUGUUUAGCUGUUUAGAGCACCAGUUCUUAUCUAUUCAUGCAUCAUUUGAUACAGACUGAUUAGAGCACCAGUCCUUAUUUAUUCAUGUAUCAAUUGAUACAGGCUGUUUAGCUGUUUAGAGCACCAGUCCUUAUCUAUUCAUGUAUCAUUUGAUAGAGGCUGCUUCGAGCACCAGUUCUUAUUUAUUCAUGUAUCAUUUGAUACAGGCUGUUUAGAGCACCAGUCCUUAAUUAUUCAUUUACUGACGUUGUUGUUAUCAACAGAACAUAAAAAUAUGUUUAUUUACUUGUUCAAUUGUUUUCCUUUUUUUUGCAAAAGUCUUUACUAUACACUUUAGGGAAAAUAUACUAUAUCUAUAUAGUUACGCAGUACAGUAUUGUACCAAGAUGUGUUUUUUUAUGUUGUAUUUUAU